AUGUACAUACCUCGGACGUUCUAUGAACGUGGAAAACGAUUUGAAGGAAGAACUGAAUGGAAGGAUAGAGCAGCAUGGGCAGCAUUUGCACCUGUCACGAAAGCUACGAAUCAACUGACGGAUCAAGAUCUCCGUGCUCAUCUGUUUGACUCCAAAGUUCUUCCAGCGCUCUGUUACGCAGACCAUGGCAGACACCGCUGCCACGUUAGGAAGCUACUUGCUACCCAUAGAGCCCUUGAGAGAUGUAUUUUGAAGUUUAACCAGCACACACAACACCUAGCCGGUCUUCGCGGCUCCGACUUAAGAGCAAUGUCCCGUCUUAGCGACCCAUCGGAAUAUAUAUCGAAAGCAAAUCAUAGAUGA